AUGUCGUCAUCACUAUCCCCAGACCACGCCGAAGGAGGCACCUCACGGGCCUCUACCGAGGGCACCGACAAGGGCGUCCUCUCCUCUCUGAACCUCAACUUCUUCAAGAAUCUGUCGGAUAAAAAGGUUACUCGCACUGGUAAUCCUCCCAAGCGCCGUGGACCGAAGCCAGACAGCAAGCCCGCCUUGACUAGGCGGCAAGAACUCAACCGACAGGCUCAGCGCACGCACCGCGAGAGAAAGGAACUGUACAUCAAGGCGUUGGAAGAUGAAGUUCUUAGACUGAAAGAAGUCUUCAGCACAAUCUCAAUGGACAAGCAGAAGCUGGUCGAUGAGAACAAGCAGCUCAAGGAAGUCUUGGUCCAGAGGGGCAUCCAGCUUCCAAGAAUAGACGACUCGGGAAGCAGUGCUGCGCAGCCGAUGAGUGUAAGUGCCUCCGGCAAUAGCUUCGCGCCCGGCUCCCAGAGCGGCUUCUCGCCUGUUGGAACAUCACACUCAACCUCCAUGUCAAUGUCCCCGGACAACCGCCAGCAGUCGCCUGCCGGGAGCGGGGCUGAUCUUGAGCAGGCUGGUAUUGACUUCGUCUUAACGCUCGAAAAACCUUGCAUGGCACACAUGCCAUUCCUGGUUGACAGAGCGAGCGACGCCGACGGCGCGCCGUGUGGCCACGCUCUCAUGGCGUCUUGCCCUCCCGCGCCCUUUCAAGACCUGACCCAGGAAACUCCCUUCGGCAACACGCACACGCACGACCACGGCGGCGAGUUUCAUCCACAAAGCCAAGGCACGUGGGAACUCACCAAGGCCGACUUGUCCACGCUCCUGGAUCUCAGCCGGAAGCUCAACUUGGACGGCGAAAUCACUCCGGUCAUGGCGUGGGGGAUGGUUCUGUCGCAUUCCAGGUUCGCCGAGCUGGAAUCGGGCGAUUUUGAAAAGCUUUCCGAGGAGUUAUUGCGAAAAGUCAGGUGUUACGGUUUUGGCGCUGUUAUGGAGGAGUUUGAGUUACGGGAUGCCCUAGAAAACAUCUUUUCUGGUCGCCCAGAGGCAAUGGUUUUCUAA